UGCAGGACCGGGUGGGCUGGGCGGGCCUGGGACCGGCCUGGUCCGUCACCCCGGAAAUGGUUUCAGGGUGGCAGAUCACCAGAAUUGUUUACAGGGAAUGUGUCUGAGAUGAACAAAAAUCCUUUUGCAUUCGCAGGGAGAAGUCACUUAAUGUUCCUGAGCUGCAAAAUGGCCUGGUUUUGUCAGGCAUCCUUCCUUGUGUGACCAGAUCCUUGCCCUUGUUUGUCUGCCGGUCAUGUUCUUGCUUGCGUUGGCUCGGAAGCGCCGUUAGUCCGCCGCCUGCCGCGAUGGAAGAUUUUUCUCCUCUUUCAUUAACCGAUAUCUGCUUAGACUAUUUGAGGGUGAAUUUAAGUAAGUUUUGUUGGGAAAGGACAGAUGGCUCAUUCUGUCUUAAGGAAGCUGUGGUGUUUCCACAAGAACUGGCCGAUCGUUUACUGCAAAAAAUGUCCCUGAAUGGUGUGCUGAAUGAAAAGACAGUGGGAAUUUUCCGCAGGAAUGAUCUACUGCGCCUGAAGCGAGCUUGUAUUCGAAAUGCUAAACUGUCAGCAGUAGCAUUCAGGAAAGCAUUCUGCCACCACAAGCUUAUUGAACUGGAUGCUUCUGGUGUAAAUGCAGAUAUCACAAUAACAGACAUUGUAAAUGCACUCGUGACAAACAAAUGGAAUCAACAGUACUUGCAGUGCCUUGUGUUGAAUUCAUUAACGCUGUCUCUUGAAGACCCUUAUGAGCGAUGUUUCAGCCAGCUGACUGGCCUGCGUGUUUUAAGUGUUACCAACGUUCUCUUCUACAAUGAUGAUCUUAGAGAUGUUACUUCACUUCCAAAAUUGGAAAGUUUAGAUAUUUCAAACACUUCUGUUACUGACAUCACACCACUUCUGACCUGUAAAGACAGGCUUAAAUCUUUGACCAUGCACCACCUCAAAUGCCUGAAAAUGACAACUACUCAAAUUUUAGAAAUCAUUAAGGAACUAAAGCUCCUGCAACACUUGGACAUCUCUGAUGAUAAGCAAUUUACCUCUGAUAUUGCACUUCGUUUACUAGGACAGUGUGGCAUACUACCUAAUCUUCGAUCGCUGGAUAUUUCGGGCAGGAAGCACAUCACAGAUAAAGCUGUUCAGGCGUUUGUUCAGCACCGGCCUACAAUGCAGUUUAUGGGAUUGCUAGCUACCGAUGCUGGCUACUCUGAGUUCCUCUCUGGAGAAGGAAGCUUAAAGGUUUCAGGUGAAGCAAAUGAAGUGCAGAUCUCUGAAGCUUUACGUCGAUACAGCGAAAGAGCAUUUUUUGUAAGAGAAGCAUUAUUCCACCUUUUUAGUCUCACACACAGUAUGGAAAAGCCACUGCCUGAGCUACUCAAGCUUGUGGUCACUGGAAUGAAGAACCAUUCUACAAAUCUACCAGUGCAGCUAGCAGCAAGUGCUUGUGUGUUCAAUUUGACAAAACAGGACUUGGCUGCUGGCAUGCCUGUACGACUUCUGACGGAGGUAACACGUCUCUUGCUGAAAGCCAUGGAACAUUUUCCAAACCAUCAACAGCUUCAGAAGAAUUGCCUGUUGUCUCUUUGCAGUGAUCGUAUCCUACAGGACGUCCCAUUUAACAGGUUUGAGGCAGCAAAAUUGGUAAUGCAAUGGCUUUGUAACCAUGAAGAUCAGAACAUGCAGAGAAUGGCAGUGGCCAUCAUAUCUAUUUUAGCAGCAAAGCUUUCAACAGAACAGACUGCCCAACUUGGUACCGAGCUCUUCAUUGUCAAGAAAUUGCUGCAUAUAGUAGAGCAGAAGACAAGUCAGUCGUUGGUGGACACCACGUUAAAGUUUACACUUAGCGCACUUUGGAACCUGACAGAUGAAUCUCCAACCACCUGCAAGCACUUUAUAGAAAAUCAGGGUUUAGAAUUAUUCAUGAAAGUACUUGAGUCCUUUCCAUGUGAGCCAUCCAUCCAGCAGAAGGUUCUUGGUUUGUUGAACAACAUAGCGGAAGUAAAAGAACUCCAUCCUCAUCUAAUGAAGAAGAGCUUCAUUGAGCACAUUAGUGUUUUAUUACAUAACAAAGAAGUGGAAGUUAGUUACUUCGCUGCAGGAAUAAUUGCUCAUUUGAUAUCCCGGGGGCUACAUAUUUGGACACUGGAUCUUGACCUCCGGGCUUCUCUUCUGGAACAAUUGCAUUCAGUUAUUUUAAAUUGGCCAACACCAGAUUGUGAAAUGGUAGCUUAUAGGUCAUUCAGUCCAUUUUUCCCAUUGUUAGAGUGUUCUGACACACCAGGAGUACAGAUUUGGGCUGUCUGGGCAAUGCAACAUGUCUGCAGUAAAAAUGCUCCUAGAUACUGCAGCAUGCUCAUUGAAGAAGGUGGAAUGCAACAGCUGUACAAUAUCAAGAACCAUCCACAGAUUUCACCAGACGUUUUGCAGAUUGUUAUUAGCAUUAUUGAAAGUUUAGAGACAUACAUUAUGCGCCAUGGAAAUGUCUCUUUCUGCCACAAAAAGCCACAAAUUAAGCAGUGUGAUCUAAAGAAUAACCAGGAUUAAUUGUAUUGAGAGAAUGUACCAGUAAUUUAAAAAGAAAACACUCAUUUUAUAAAUUAGGCUCCUUUCAAAAUGUUCAAGAUUGCUCAUAAUGUAGCUUUGAUUUCCCAUUGGGAAGGGAAAGGAGAUCAGAUCUCAGAUCAAAUACUACACUAGCCCAGUAUAGCCAAGUAGCAGAAGAAAUGUGAAACUCUGACCUAUUUCUGUAUGACUCGAAAAACUAUACUGUUCCUGAAGAAUUUUAAAAAUCAUUACCUGUGUGGCAGAAUUUAUUGUCUUGAGUUGUAUUGUACAACACAAAAGAUUAGCCCUUUAAUCCAUUGUGGGUUUUUUUGGUACAACUAUCCAGUGAUCUCACUUUCCUUGCAUUUCCCUUUACAACUCUUGAAGUGAAUGCUGGUUAAGAUGGUGCUCCCUUUAUUUGUUGCUCUUAGCUGCACACCUUUGCUAUGUAUUUCCACAACCACCUUCAACCCUUUAACCUCUGCUCAGUUGUAGUUUUCUUUUUAUAUUAUUAAAAGCUUGUCUGUAGUUUCCACUUAAAAAUCAAUGUCAUUUUCUAUAACUUUAUUAUCCUUUCUAUAAUGGACUAAAUCAGCACAUUAAAUCAUUUAAGCAUGAUUUUAUUCAGACCUGCAAAAAAAUACAGUAUCCUUAUUUAUAAAUUCUUAUUCCCCAAAACAUUUUAACAGCAUUGUAGCCUUCAUGCCUGGUCUAAUUCAACAAGGGGAACCAAGUUUUUAAGGUUGGGGUUUUCCUGGAAUCAGCAGUUAGGAUUUUUGCUUAAAACCUUCGAGUUACUUUAAAGGAAAGUUCACUUUUCACUAUGAUUGAAAUAUUGCAUGUGGAGUUCUUGGAUUUACCAUGUGUUUUAGUAUCAAGGGAUGUUUGCUUAUUAUUCCUAACGUAGAAGGAACAGAUGAUAAGUUUAAACUACUUUGGGUCCUACAGAUGCAGAUUAUGUGCUUGUGGUGCUGUGGCUGUUGUGUUGGAUAUGUAAUAUUGCAGCAUGAUUUGAUUUCAGUUCGACUCAGACCACUUCAAAAGGAUAAUACUUUGGAACCUACUGCCAACUGCAAUUUGGGAUGAAAUUUUAGGGGCAGAGUUAAUCCGAUGUUCAUUUAAUCUGGUAAUGAAAAUGCUUGCAAAUUCAGUUUGUGGUGAUUGUUUUUCUCACGCCUUUGAUUUCAGAAUACAGCCUUGAAAUAAAUUUCUCUCGUACUUCUCAAACCCAAUAUUGUAAAAAUAUUAGGAAUUAAUGAAAUACUGAAACCAUGCAUGGGAUUGUUGAAAGUCCCAAAAUAUCUCAGUAAGACAAAUGGACAAUGAUUAAUAUUCAACAUGACUUUUGAAUUACUGAAUGGAAUUACCAUAAUUGCAAUGGUGUUUGCUGUUAAAUAUUUCUACAAGUUAUCUAGAUGCAGUUGACGUUGACCACAGUGGAAUGUUGGUUUUUGGUGCUGUCUUUGCAAAUGUUCAUUCUGCAAGCAGCAGCUUUUAUUUGAGUAAAUGUUGCUGAUGAAAUGUUUACUUAAUCUGGAUGUCACUCAUAUGCCAACCUUUUUUUUAAAAGAAAGAAUGGAAAUGUUGAACUGUAUUGAGCUUAUUUUUUGAUCUUUGUCCCAACACCUUUUGUUCCCUUUUUAAAACAAUUUUGUACAACAUGUUACCUCCCUCAAAGAAAAAUGCUUUUGGAAAAACCUGAAUUGGCUUUGUAUUACUGUAUUUUGUUUUUUCAUAUUGCUUGCAUAUGUUUAUGAUAUUACUGGUUUUAUGAUUUUUUUUCUGCUCUGACUCUUCCCUUCAAUACCUCAUUUUUUAAAAAAAAUGCAUUCUAUUAAAAAUAUUUGAUUUAGCAUUGCUA